AUGUCGAUGCGGAGGACAUUAUGGCAGACGCUCAUCCGUGCCAAUAAUGUCCUCGGCCAUUCGCGAGGUCUUGGGGUGACAAGACGCCAGAGGCCCCAUCUGCGCCAGUAUAACACCGUCACCGUCAAUGCUGCCGAUCUGUCUUUCGGACAGCCCGUCCAUGAGACUCACCCACAUCUCCUUCGGCCGGGGGAGCUGACCCCAGGCAUAACGGCGCAGGAAUAUGCCGAUCGCCGCACGAGACUCGCAGCCAAAUUGCCAGACAAAGCCAUCGCAAUUAUUGCCGCAGCCGAUCUCCAGUUCCGGUCUGGCAGCGUCUUCUACGAGUUCCACCAAGAUCCCGACUUUCUCUACUUGACCGGUUUCAAUGAGCCCGAAGCUCUCGCUGUCAUUGGGAAAGAUGCCACCGGCACAGACCAUACCUUCCACCUGUUCGUACGGGAAAAGGAUCCCAAGGCAGAGAUUUGGGACGGCGCAAGAUCAGGCACACAAGCGGCCAAGGACGUCUUCAACGCAGACGAAACGGGUGACAUCUCCAAGCUGAAAAAGAUCCUUCCAGACUUGGUGGGUGAAGCUUCUCAGGUCUACACAGACAUCAUGAGUCCCGAUCUCAAUCGAUCGGCUCUCCAGCGGUUCCUCUUUGGGGCGUCCCGUAAGACCACCGACUUCGCCGAGCUGAUUGAGUCAAGGAAAGUCCACCGGCUUCGACCGAUCAUGAACGACCUACGAGCCUACAAAAGCGCUGCCGAGAUUGAGCUUAUGCGAAAGGCCGGAAGAGCAUCGGGACGAGCCCACACGGAAGCCAUGAGAAAAGCAUGGACGCGCGAGAAGCAGCUUGACUCGUACCUCCGGUAUCGCUUCAUCGCGAACGGAUGCGACACGAGCGCGUUUGAACCUGUCGUUGCCGGUGGGAAGAAUGCGUUGAGCAUCCACUAUGUUCGCAACGAUGAUGUGCUGCGGGAUGACGAGUUGGUCCUAGUGGACGGUGGUGGGAAGUAUGGUGGCUACAUCGCCGACAUCACGCGGACUUGGCCCGUGGGGGGUAAAUUCAGCGAUGCACAGAGAGAUCUGUACCAAGCAGUGCUCACGGUGCAAAGGUCGCUGAUCUCUCUUUGCCGAGCCAGCGCCAACAUGUCGCUGGACAAACUGCACAAUAUAGCGGAAGAAUACCUCUCCAGCGAGCUCCGGCAGAUCGGCUUUGACGUCUCCUCCAAGGCCAUUGAGAGUCUGUUCCCGCACCACUUGAGCCACUAUAUCGGGAUGGACGUGCAUGACACGGUGGGAUACACAAGGAAAGUGGUACUGCAAGAGGGACACUGUAUUACUAUUGAGCCAGGGAUUUAUGUGCCCGACGACGGGCGGUGGCCGAAGCACUUCCGGAACAUGGGGGUGCGGAUCGAAGACAGCGUCAGUGUGCAGGAAGACAGUGCGUUUGUGCUGACGACCGAAGCUGUGAAGGAGAUUGUAGAUAUUGAGGCCUUGAGGGGCUAG